UUAUCCUUAGUAUUAUAAUGGUUUACGCUUUAUAAUGGUUUGGCCUUGUAUAAUAUCAACUUUUCUUUUAAUUAGCAUCGACGAUUACGGAGUUCGUUUUCUUUUUUUGUAUUUAGACGCGUAAACAUCUCUCUUUCUAAUCGAAAAAAUAUAUAAAUUAAUACUUUCGAUAAUUGUUCAAUUAUUUAAAUAGUACACGGUAUAAAAUAAAUUAAUAUUUAAACAAUAAUAUAUAUUAAUUUAAACAUUUUACCGUGUAUCUAUCAUUCUCUAAUAUUUUGACAUUGGUAGUUAUGUAUAUUUAUUCAUUUGUGUAGUAUAAUUAUCUCUCUCGUAAGUCUGUAAAUAUAUAACAUUUGAAAAAUAUUUCGUGCACGAUGGCGUCUUUUAAAAAAACAAAUUCAAAGAUAUUUAUGAGAGCGGGACCUGAAAUAACACCGGAUAAUAUUUAUUGGAAAAAAUAUACGGCACCUGUAUUAGUGAAAGAAUUUGGCCCUAUUGAUUAUAUCGAUUUUUCACCUGUAGAGCCACAUUAUUUUGCUGUCACUUGUUCUGUUAGAGUACAAAUUUACAAUCCGAUAACCAAAUUAGUUACAAAGAAUUUCAGUAGAUUCAAAGAAGCUGCCUAUGGUGGUUCCUUUCGUAGAGAUGGCAAAUUAUUAUGUGCCGGAGGAGAAGAAUCCUUUAUACGAUUAUUCGACGUUAGCACAAAAAAUCUUUUACGUCUUUUCUCAGGCCAUAAAGCCGCUGUACAUAGAACAUUUUUCACGGCAGACAAUCUUCACAUAACGUCAUUUUCUGACGAUAAAACUGUAGCACUAUGGGAUAUAGGAACCGAAAAACAAAUAAUUACUUUUAAUGAACAUACCGAUUAUAUCAGAAGUGGAGCAGUAAGUCCUGUAUCUUCGGACAUAGUAUUAUCAGGAGGCUAUGAUAAAUUAAUAAAUAUGUACGAUACUAGGACAAACAAAAAAAUUUUUACCGUAAAUCAUGAAGCACCCGUAGAAAGUGUUCUCUUUCUACCUUCUGGAGGAAUAUUUUUAUCGGCAGGUGGAACAGAUGUGAAAGUAUGGGAUGCACUUGCCGGAGGUAGAUUAUUGGCAAAACUUUCACAACAUCACAAAACAGUGACAUGUUUAAAAAUAACUUCCAAUGGUCAUAGAAUAUUAUCUGGUUCAUUAGAUAGACAUAUUAAAAUCUAUGAUUCAGGAACAUAUAAAACUGUUCACACAUUGGAUUAUUCUAAUUCAGUUCUAAGCAUGGGAAUUAGUGCAAACGAUGAAACUAUAGUAGCUGGUAUGGUGGAUGGUUUGAUUUCGGUCCAAAGAAAAGAGGAAGAUAUUAAGGAUACAAAAGUUCAACGUAAAAAAAUGUCAUAUAAAAAUGCAGGUGAAAAUACUUAUGUAUCGAGCGUCGAUACUCUAGUGCAAGAAGAAGUUAAAGAAACAAUGAGUAAACACGACACUUGGUUAAGAAAAUUUCAAUAUUCCAAAGCAUUAGAUUCUGUUAUGUUACCUUAUGUAAUUAAUAAAACUCCACAUGUGGCAGUUGCCUUAUUGCAAGAACUUAAUAAAAGGCAAGGUCUUAGACAAGCCCUUGCAGGAAGAGAUGGAAAAUCUCUUGCUAAUAUUAUAAAGUUUUUAAUUAGAUACAUAGGUAAUGUUCGCUUUGGACGAGUAUUAUUACAUGUGGCCAAUGUUUUAAUGGAUGUUUAUGAAGAUAAUUUAGAUGGACUUGCAGCAGAACCACGGAACAUGUUCAAUCUUUUAGCAAAUAAAUUACAAGAAGAAGAGGAUUUAAUUGUAUCAUUGGCACAGUUACAAGGUACACUUCAAAUUAUAUUAUCCGGUGCGGAAGCACAACAUAUUACAACGACUAAAGAUAAUCAAACUUUAGAGCCCUCAAGUGCUGCACAAAAAAAUCUAGUAUUUAGUAUAGCUUAAACAUCGGAAUACUAUCAAUUUAUUAUUGUAACAUAUUAAUGUACAUAUAUAUAUAUAUAUAUAUAUAUAUAUAUAUGUGUGUGUGUGAAUGUAUAUAUAUAAUUUUCCAUACAAACUUUAAUAAAAAAUUAUUACAUAUCGUAUACCGGGAAACAUUAUUAUUAGACAAUAGACUUUUACUACAAUGUAUCACCCAUGGCACUAAAAAAUAUAUGCUAAAAAGAUCAAAAAAUUAUCUUAUUUAAAUUAGAAAAAUGUUUUUAACGAUUACGCAAAUAAUCCUUUUCUUUAAAUCUUAAUAUAUAAUAAAUUCUUAAUUAAUUUAUUUUUAUAAUCAAUUUUUAUACGCCAAAAAUAUACUAAUAAAUCAUUUUAAGAUAUAUCAUUUUUAAGAUAUUUUUGCCAUGCAGCAGAUCGUGGUGUUUUAGGUAUUAUCCAACCAAUUGGAAUUUGCGAUGAGCCAACAUCAAAAUUGAUAUAUUUAUCCCAAGCAGUUCUAUAACAUAAAAAUGUUGUUAAUAGAUAAAUAAUAUUUUUUAUUAUAACAAUUAUUUUUUGUUGAUGUCACUUACCGAAUCAUAACAAGAUUAGCAAUAUCUGUUUGAACUUGAUCCGGCAUUAAAAUUUUUCUUCCAAAUAAUACAUUUUGCCAUUCAUCUAAAACAUUCCUUUUUUGUUUCUCUAUUAAUUUCUCAUUAUCUGUCUUUAGCAUUAACUUUAAGCCUUGCUCUUCGAUGGAAUAUUCUCUAUCUAAUCCAGACCACUGUUCUGACAAUUUAUCUAUAAAUAUUAAAUAAUUAAAAAAUUUUUUUUUGUACAUUAUUUAGAUAGCAUAUAUAUAUAUAUAUAUGUAUGUAUGUAUGUAUGUAUGUAUGUAUGUGUAUGUGUAUAUGUAUGUAUAUGUAUAUAUGUUGUAAAAAAUUAAUUACCAAUAAUGUUAUUGAAAACCUCA